AUGGAAAUAUAUACAAUCUCGCAGUACGGAAAUUUUUAAUAUAAGGAGAUAUUGGAGGAAUUUUGGAGAUUUAAAUAGGUCAUUCUAAACUACUUAACCAAUUUUGAAGAUAUCAUAUAAGAAGUUAUCAAUUCUCAUGUCAACUUUACUUCCAUAUUUCCUGAGGUUUAUAAUUUCAUUGAGAAAGAAUUUUCAAUUAAAGAUUUUGUAAAUUCAAUAUAAAAUAAAUACACUAUCUCUAACAAUCACCUAUUGUAUAAGGGUAUAAAAAAUGAUACGAACUAAUUGAAGAUAGAAUUAUAGAAGAUAUACACUUAAAUUUAAAUGAUAUUUCAACAGUAAUUGCUGAAUCAGCAAUUGCUACCUUCUAGAAUGAUUAAUUUAAAUGAUUAGUCUCAUCAUGAAGAGAUUGAAAUAAUUAAUGAAAAUGAAAUUAGAAGAUCCAAGCUUUCUAAUGGCAGAUGGUUAAUUUAGACUUUGAGGAUCCAGAAAGAAAAGAACUAUUGUUUUAGAUCCAAGAAUCUAGUGUUUACAAUCAAUGGAUCUGACACAGUCUUUGGUGUUGCUUCUUACUCUCAAGUCGUAAAGCACAAUUUUGAAAUGCAAUAUCCCAUUCCCAGUGCAUAUUUUGUUAGAUAGGAUGGAGUUCAUUUUGGGUUUGGGUUAACAGAAGUCUAACAAGAUUUUAGUGUACCUGGGUUCAGUUCUAAGAAAGGACACUAAGUUAGUAUGGGUUUAUAAACUGGUUAAAAUAUUUUGAUUUUGGAAAAUUUAGUCACAAAGGAAAAGGAGGAGUAUGUAAUACCUGAAUUAUCGGAUGAUUGGUGUUAUAUUUUUGGAUUUAGAUUUCAUAAUGAUUCAAUAAUAUUGGAAUAGUGA